CCACUGAGCAUGCGCGCUACCGAUAAAACACCACAGAAGAAGAAGAGCAGGACAGCUAGCAGCCGGGUGGACUGAGAUCAAUUCUCCCUGGAUUUUCAUUUUAAAUUAUCAAAACGUCGUACGCAAUGAGAGGAGACCGCGGCAGGGGCCGGGGAGGCCGCUUCGGGUCCCGUGGAGGACUGGUGCAGGGGUAUCGUCCGUUUGUCCCACACAUCCCAUUUGACUUCUAUGUGUGUGAGAUGGCCUUCCCCAGAGUGAAGCCUGCACCCGAUGAGACGGCUUUCAGCGAGUGUCUGCUGAAGAGAAACCAGGACCUGAGCCCCACACCUGCAGAGCAGUCUUCCAUCUUGUCCCUGGUCACAAAGAUCAAUAACGUCAUCGACAACCUGAUCGUCGCUCCAGGAAACUUUGAAGUGCAAAUUGAAGAGGUGCGUCAGGUGGGCUCCUACAAGAAGGGAACCAUGACAACAGGACACAACGUUGCUGACCUGGUCGUGAUCCUGAAGAUUCUCCCAACAUUGGAGGCUGUCGCUGCUCUGGGCAACAAAGUUGUGGAGACUCUUCGCACUCAGGAUCCGACUGAAGUUCUCUCCAUGCUGACAAAUGAGACGGGCUUUGAGAUCAGUUCAGCCGAUGCUACAGUGAAGAUCCUCAUCACCACGGUCCCCCCAAACCUGCGCAAGCUGGACCCUGAGCUACACUUGGACAUUAAAGUUCUGCAGAGCGCCCUCGCUGCCAUCCGUCACGCCCGCUGGUUUGAGGAGAACGCCUCCCAGUCAACUGUCAAAGUGCUGAUCCGCCUGCUGAAGGACCUGAGGCUGCGUUUCCCCGGAUUUGAACCUCUCACUCCCUGGAUCCUGGACCUCCUGGGUCACUUUGCAGUGAUGAACAACCCGUCCAGGCAGCCCCUGUCCCUGAACGUGGCGUACAGACGCUGCCUGCAGAUGCUGGCUGCUGGUCUCUUCCUCCCCGGCUCUGUGGGAAUCACCGACCCCUGUGAGAGCGGGAACUUCAGGGUGCACACAGUCAUGACUCUGGAGCAGCAGGACAUGGUGUGUUUCACAGCUCAGACUCUGGUCAGGGUUCUGUCUCAUGGAGGUUACAGGAAGAUCCUUGGCCUGGAGGGAGACGCCAGCUACCUGGCGACAGAGAUGUCCACGUGGGACGGUGUCAUCGUCACCCCGUCAGAAAAAGCCUACGAGAAACCCCCAGAGAGGAAGGAGGAGGAAGACGAGGCUCUGGAGGAGGGCGGGGAUGAAGGGGACGAGAGCAUGGAGACCCAGGAAUGAUAAAGUCUAGCUCAGGGACUGCUGUUAGCUUAUUUAAGGAGCCGGGCCGUGGUGUGAUAACCAGCAGAAGAAGAAGUGUCUCUCCUCACAGCUCUCUGAUGCGUCCACAGUCAGUUUUUAUUGUUUGGUUUUUAUUUCUUUGUAACAGUCACAUCCUUUUAUUAAACUUUUUUUUAAG